AGACAUGAGAGAGAGAGAGAGAGAGAGGGGAAAGGAGAGAGAAAACGGGGAUCAAAUCUUCUUCUACUUAGAGAGUGAGUGGGAGAGAGAUGGAUGCGCUAGUGAAAGUACCGUAUGAUGCUACAGCGCGGCUGAUGGUAGCUUCGCUGGAGCGCAACCUACUACCGGACGCAGUGAUAAGGAGGCUCACUCGCCUUCUAUUAUCCACUCGUCUCCGUUCCGGUUACCAACCCUCUUCCGACCUUCAACUCUCUCACCUCCUCCAUUUUUCCCAAUCUUUGAGAGAAAUGCCUAUAGCCAUCAAGACUGAGACUGCAAAAUCUCAACAUUAUGAACUACCUACCUCUUUCUUCAAACUUGUUCCUGGAAAGCAUCUCAAAUACAGCUGUUGUCUCUUCACUGAUGAGUCAAAGACCUUAGAGGAUGCUGAGAAAGCAAUGUUAGAGUUGUACUGUGAGAGGGCACAGAUAAAAGAUGGUCACUCUGUUCUCGAUGUUGGAUGUGGGUGGGGAUCACUUUCUUUGUACAUUGCACAGAAGUAUAGUAAUUGCAAGGUUACAGGGAUUUGCAACUCAACGACGCAGAGAGCAUAUAUUGAGGAGCAGUCUCGGGAUCUUCUGCUUCAGAAUUUGGAGGUCAUUGUUGCAGAUAUUGGCACAUUUGAUAUAGAUGCAUCCCAUGACAGAAUAUUUUCCAUUGAAAUGUUUGAGCAUAUGAAGAACUACAAGGAUCUUCUUAAGAAGAUAUCCAAGUGGAUGAAACCAGAUAGCCUUCUUUUUGUACAUCAUUUCUGCCAUAAAGCAUUUGCUUAUCACUUUGAGGAUGUCAAUGAAGAUGACUGGAUUACUAGGUACUUCUUCACUGGAGGUACAAUGCCUUCAGCAAAUCUACUUCUUUAUUUUCAGGUCAGUUCAACAUUCUUUGCAGCUUUUAAUUAUUUCCUCUGAUUUCUUUGUUCUUGUUAGAAGACUUAGUUUCCCACUGUCUUUUGUUGUGCUAACUCCAGAAACAAUAAUUGGUCAUUUUUAUCUUUCUUUGUGCACACAAGUCCAAUGCAUGUGAAAGUACAGUUGUUUCUUCUCAAAUAGCA